AUGGCAUUAGUAAUAGCAGGCAUGUCAUUUAAAGAAUUAAUACUAGAUAAAUUUUAUGAGAUCAAAUAUGGAAAAAGAGACAAAGAGACAGAAUCUGCAAUAAUUCAAAAUUACUUGGUUUAUAUUUUCCACAAAUCUAAUGCAAUUAUAAAUUUCAUUUAUCUACCAAAUUUGAUAUCUAUGGGAUUAAUAGGCUUAACUUCACCAAUCUUUAAAAUUUUGAAUACUACACCUAAUUUGAAACUACAUUUCUUUUAUUUGAAUAAUCAAAAACAAUUAUUUAAAAAUUACAUUAAAUUAAUUGGAUUCAUAGCCGGAUUAGUUACAAUGAUACUAAAUGCCAAAAAGGUAAUACCAGAUAUUGGGUACAACAAAACAGUCGCAAAACAACAAGAGGAUUAUGAAGAAGAAGUACCUCAUGUACGAUACUUAUCUAAACAAUUCUUUAAUGAUUUAAAUAUUUACUUAUUCAAAACAAUAGUAUUACAAAAAUGGAGGAUAACAAAAUCUCAUCAUCCUAUAUUUUCACAACUCAAUUUAUCGGUAUGGAAUCAAUUAGAGACUUUAUUAAUGUGUUUUGGAUUUUGGAAAAUGAUGAAUCUUUAUGAUUUUAUAAAAAGAAGUCAUAUUGAUAAAGAUAGAAUAUCACAAGAUUAUGCUAUAAAAUUAGCUAAAUUCGUUAUGGAUUGA